AUGAUGUCCAUCCUCUCUGCUCUUCUCUGCCUCGGGCUGAGUCUGGACCAGAGAACCUGUGUGCAGGCAGGGACCCUCCCCAAACCCACCCUCUGGGCUGAACCAGGCCCUGUGAUCCCUUAUGGGAGCCCUGUGACCCUCUGGUGUGAGGGGACCCUGGAGGCCCGGAUGUUUCAUCUCUACAAGGAAGGAAAACAGAUGGAUUGGAACACACCGAGCCAAUGGAAGCCCACGAACAAGGGCAAAUUCUCCAUCACACGCAUGGCAGAGCAUGAUGCAGGGAGAUAUCACUGUAACUACCUCAGCCCCACUGGCUGGACAGAGCACAGUGACCCCCUGGAGCUGGUGGUGACAGGAUACUACCAUGAACCCAGCCUCUCAGCCCUGCCCAGCCCUGUCGUGACCUCAGGGGGAAAUGUGACCCUUGAGUGUAGCUCAUGGCAGGGAUUUCACAGGUUCAUUCUGACUAAGGAAGGAGAUCACAGGCUCUCCUGGAUGCAGGACACACAGCCACAGCCCAGAGAAACAUCACGGGCCAAGUUCUCUGUGGGCCCUGUGACCCCCAGCCACAGGUGGACAUUCAGAUGCUAUGGCUGUUACAGAGAGAGCCUGCAGGUGUGGUCACCACCCAGUGUUGCCCUGGAGCUCCUGGUCCCAGGUGAGUCUGGGAAGCCCUCCCUCCUGAGCCAGCAGGGCCCCAUCGUGGCCUCUGGACAGAGCCUGACCCUUCAGUGUCGCUCUGCUGUCGGCUAUGACAGAUUUGCUCUGCACAAGAUGGAGGGACGGGACCUCCUCCAGAGUCUUGUACAGCAGCCCCAGGCUGGGCUCUCUCAGGCCAACUUCCUUCUAGACACUGAGAGCAGCUCCCACGGUGGCCGGUACAGAUGCUACGGUAGAUACAAACUCUCCUCCAAGUGGUCGGCCCCCAGUGACCCCCUGGACAUCCUGGUGGCAGGACACCUGCCUGACAGACCCUCCCUCUCAGUGCAGCCAGGCCCCAGGGUGGCCUCAGGAGAGAACGUGACCCUGCUGUGUCAGUCACAGAGCCAGAGGGACAUGUUCCUUCUGUCCAAAGAGGGGGCAGCUGUUGCCCCCCUGGGUCUGAGAUCAAAGCAUCAAGGUCAGCAGUACCAGGCAGAGUUCUCCAUGAGUCCUGUGACCUCAGCCCAUGGGGGCACCUACAGGUGCUACAGCUCACACAGCACCUCCCCCUUCCUGCUGUCACUCCCCAGUGACCACCUGGAGCUCCUGAUCUCAGGAGCAGCUGACACCCUCAGCCUGUCACCAAAUAGGUCAGACUUCAAGAUGGCCCAAGACUACACCAUGGGGAAUUCCAUCCGGAUGGGCGUGGCCGGCUUGGUCCUGGUGGUGCUUGGGAUGCUGCUAUUUGAGGCUCAAAACAGCCUGAAAAGGACCCACAAUGCAGCCAAGACGUGA